AUGCGCAAGAACGGGUGGGAGACGCCGUUCCACGUGCUGCAGCUCGCCACGUGGGUGGUCUUCCCGGCCGUCAUGGCGCUCUUCUUCGCCUUCUACACGCCCGUCCUGGACAAGACGCCGGCCAUCGUGCUCAGCGUCGCGUACGCGGCCGCCUGCCUCGUCACCGUCGUGUCCGUGGCCGUCUGCACGGGCACAGACCCGUCGGACGACUGCAUCAUGAGACCAUCGACGAUGGCCGACGCCAGGGACUCACGCCCGGACAACCAAGUCUACUGCAACGUCUGCAUGAAAUACGUGAACAACCAGAGUCGACACUGCCGCCUCUGUGACAAGUGCGUGGACGUCUUCGACCACCACUGCAAGUGGCUCAACAACUGCGUGGGCAAGAAGAACUACACGUUCUUCCUGGGCUCCGUCGUGGGCGCCUCGGUGUUCCUGGCCGUGCAGAUCGCCGUGGGCAUCUAUCUCGUAGUGGAGCUCUACACGAACGAGGAUGGCAUCAAGAGCAACUCGGCCACGAGCUACGGCUGCUCGAAGGAGAAGGACGAUGUUACAGGGCUCUGCGUGGACGGACAGUACCGCGUCUCGCUGCAGGCGCUGCGGAUCAUCCACAUCGUGCUGCUGUCCUUCCUGAGCCCGUGGCUAUUCAUGAUCGGACAGCUCGCGCUCUUCCACUUCCACUUGUGCAUGGAGAACAUCACCACGUAUGACUACAUUGUCCGCCAGCGCAAGCGGAAGAACGCCCAGGACCGACAAAACACCGUGCGUGUGCCGUGGUGGAAGAAGCUUUGUGGGAAACAGCCGAGUCCCAGCGGCGCCCCGGACAACUCCAAACCCAGCGUCAACCAGACAAGCGACUCGCGUCUUUCGGGCGAGAGUAUUCGCAGCGAAGAGGAGGAACUCGCAGAGAUCGAAGCAGAGGUGGACGAGAGCCUGGAGGUGCUCAGCAACCAGAGCGGCGAGAUCCGCCAGCGCGACAGCAGCAGGCGUGGCAGCAGCUCGUACCGCAAACGGAGGAGCGACAGCGGGCCGAAGCGGGGAUUUGGUCUCCACGUUGACCUGGCGAAGCAGCGAUCCGUGCAGACCAACGCCAGCUCCAAUGCCGACGUGUACACGCCAAGGUCAGAAAGCGGCGACACGAGUUACUUGGCGGCGCCCUACUCUCCAGGAACCCCCGCUUCUCCACGCUCUGAUGCGGGCAGCGCAUACUUUUCCAGCUCACAGGUUGAUGAGAUCGACACAAGGGACGCUGGCGAAGCCACCAACCAGCCCCUUCCAGCAUACAAGGUGUCUAGCAACUCCUCCAUGGUCAUGUACGGCCGGCCACCCAUCGACGAUCUGCCUGCGUCGAGCCACAUUGUGUAA